CGGAGAGAGGAAGAGAGAGAGACGGAGAGAGAAGAGAGAGACGGAGAGGAAGAGAAAGACGAGGAAGAGAGAGGAGAGAGGAAGAGAGAGACGGAGAGAGGAAGAGAGAGAGAGGAAGAGAGACGGAAGAGAGAGAGACGAGAGGAAGAGAGAGAGACGGAGAGAGAAGAAGAGAGAGAGAGAGAGAGGAGAGAGAAGAGAGAGACGGAGAGAGGAAGAGAGAGACGGAGAGAGAGAGGAAGAGAGAGACGGAGAGAGGAAGAGAGAGACGGAGAGAGGAAGAGAGAGACGGAGAGAGGAAGAGAGAGACGGAGAGGAAGAGAGAGACGGAGAGAGGAAGAGAGACGGAGAGAGGAAGAGAGACGGAGAGAGGAAGAGAGAGACGGAGAGAGGAAGAGAGAGACGGAGAGAGGAAGAGAGACGGAGAGAGGAAGAGAGAGACGGAGAGAGGAAGAGAGAGACGGAGAGAGGAAGAGAGAGACGGAGAGAGGAAGAGAGAGACGGAGAGAGGAAGAGAGACGGAGAGAGGAAGAGAGACGGAGAGAG